GUAAAUGCCAUUUUUUCUGCCCGUGUGGCAUGGGUAUUAGUUUUCAGCGGGUACCACUCCGUUCCGUCUGAAGACUCUCGUAUUGGAACACUGCAGAUCUUUGUGUGCCUAUAGUCGCGACAGUGAUGGCCCGCAAUAGAUUCUGGCAGAUGAAAAGGUUCUUUCAUGUUGUUGACAACACUCAGUUGAACGCAGGCGAAAAAAAUGGGCGAAAUUCAGCCGUUUUACAACGAAAUCUCCAAGUGUUUCCGCCAGUUUGGAGUGUUCAAUGAAAGCCUCAGCAUCAACGAGUCAAUGGUGCCCUAUUAUGGCCACCACUCGUGCAAAAUGUUUAUUCGCAGUAAACCCAUUCGAUUUGGGUACAAAAUAUGAAUGAUGUGCUCUUCGAAAUAGGUACCCCUAUGCGAUGGAAAUAUAUUGUGGUAGGAACGAGAAAGACGACAAGACACCUCUCGGGAUCAGGGUUGUUGGCAAUACGGUAUCGAUCCUGGAAGCGCCUGAACAGCACGAAGUCUACUUUGACAACUUCUUCACUUCGCACGGCCUCUUGACGAAACUGGCUGACCAGGGGAUUCGGGCGACAGGGACUGUGCGAGAUACAAGAACCGGUGGUUGUCCACUGAAGAGCUUGAAAAAAAUCGAAAAGGAAGAAAGAAGAGUUUUCCACUACAAGUGUGACGGGGCAGUCUACGCAUGCAUGUGGAAUGACAAUGCAGUCGUCACAGUUUCUUCUAACCACCUCAGCCGCGAGCCUGUUGGAAGUGCGAAACGCUUCUCACGACGCUCAAACAAAAAGGUGGACAUUCCUCAACCAUAUUUGAUCAAAAUAUACAAUGAGGGCAUGGGCGGAGUAGAUGUGAUGGACCGCCUCCUCGGAAGCUAUCGACCGAGACUGAGGAGCAAGAAAUGGUGGUGGAACCUUUUCAGCAAUGGUUUGAACUUGGCUGUCGUCGCAGGAUGGCUCCUCCACUGCGAGGUUCACAGGGGAAGUGAUGCCGCCAUGACGCACAUCGCCUUUUGGCGGGACGUCACCCUGUCCUUGCUGCAGCUCAAGCAGAAACUCACUGCAAGACCUGGACCCCGGGUUCAUCUGAGACAUGAGGACAGAAAAACUGAUGGCUACUACAUCAUCUCAACGACUCGGGGAAGGUGCGCGGAAUGCUAGAAGAAUACAAUGAAUCAGUGCCAGCAGUGCAAAAAGCGGCUGCACAAGAAAUGCUUUGGCGCUUGCCACAGUUUGCGAUUUGCUCACUGUAGUACAGCCAGUAGUAUGAAAGAAGAAAUUUUCGUAAAGUGUUGUUAUAAAUAUUUAUACUUUUCAGAGACAUCGUAUGACACUAAAUAUUAUUCUUCAGUCAUCCUGAAUAAGGAAACCCGACUGAAAAGUCAAUAAAAGUUGUUCCAAAGAAAAUGUGUGUUUUGCAUAUGGGAAAUGCCAACGUUCCAAAGAUGGAACAUGCGAAAAAACAUGCUUAGUCAUUGUGAAUAUGGCUGUAUCUUUGAUCAUAGGUAAUUUAGAAGGCCAAUGCAAAUUAUCAACAUAAAUUUUAGUUUGUUUUUUACCGCUCCAUAGUGCAGCGUUAAAAGUUUAACUUGUGCCACCAAGCCUAUCACUUAUGUUAUCCACACACAAUGCAGCAGGCAACCCAUGAGGUUAGCAAUCAUACAAACUUGCAAUUUUUCUUUAAAGCUUUGCAAACAGCAGCAAUAAACUUCUUUGCCAAAGCGCUUGAAACUGGAAUGAGCAACUGCCUCAAUUUCUAUUGGUGAGCUAGAUACAUUGAUAUCCAGAAACUUGGAAAGCCGCAGCACCUUCACUGAAACGGGUCGCCGACGCACAUCUCCUGUUGACUUUAUUUUUCUUUGUUGUUUUCCAUGCACCUUUUAUAUAUAAAAUUGCACCAAUUUACUGCUAUUCU